AUGACUCUCUUAUCACGUUCCGCUACGAUGCUGAUCUCCUGCAGUUUACUCCUCCUGCCUUGGCUUGCCUCGGCUGCUCCCAAACCUCUUGCACCUUCUCUUCCAGGCCGUCAAGCUCCUGCUUCUCCGUACUGGCUCUCUCAGAUUCAGAGACAAGGUACAGUGGCUUACGGAGCAAACUCUGCCGGCUACAAGGUCUUUCGCAAUGUCAAGGAUUACGGAGCUGUUGGUAAUGGUGUGACUGAUGAUACUGUUGCUAUCAACAAUGCAAUUGCAGAUGGUCAACGAUGUGCCCUCAACUGUGACAGCUCAACCACGGUUCCUGCAAUUGUCUAUUUCCCACCUGGCAUUUAUGCUGUCUCGGCUCCGAUCAUUCAGUAUUACUACACUCAAUUCGUUGGGGACGCUCUCAGUCUGCCCACCCUACUCGCACUCCCUUCAUUUGAGGGUAUUGCCGUUGUCGAUACUGAUCCUUAUAUCCCUGGGGCAAGUGGUGCUCAAUGGUACACCAACCAAAACAAUUUCUAUCGUCAGAUGCGCAACUUUAUCGUUGACAUUACCCAGAUGCCUGAGGAUAAAGGUGCCGGUAUCCACUGGCAGGUCGCACAAGCUACUAGCCUGCAAAACAUCGUCUGUAACAUGCGCCCUAAGAGCUCCACAAACAAGCAACAGGGCAUUUUUAUGGAUAAUGGCUCUGGAGGCCUCAUGACUGAUCUCGUCUUCAACGGGGGCAACUAUGGCGCCUUUCUGGGCAACCAACAAUUUACCACCAGAAACAUGACUUUCAAUGGAUGCAACACCGCUAUCUUCCUCAACUGGGCGUGGAUUUGGACCUUGAAAUCCUUGACCAUUGAUCAGUGCGAUGUUGGUGUUGAUAUGUCCAACUUGGCGAACUCAACCAACCAGACCGUUGGCUCGGUCCUCAUUCUCGACAGUAUUAUGAGCAAUACCGGUGUCGGUGUCCUGACUUCAUAUAAUGCCACCAGCCAGCCAGCUACCGGUGGAACACUGAUCAUGCACCAUGUUGAUCUUCGUACCACCCGGGUUGGUGUAGUAGGUGCCAAUGGUGUGGAUCAGAUCCUCCCUGGCUCGCUUAUAAUCGAUGCUUGGGGUCAGGGUGAUACCUACCGGUCUCUGGCCUUCAAUGGGAGUCAACCAGUUAAACGCGCCCCACAGGGGCCGCCAUCGGAAUCUUCUCAACCGUGUUCGUCAGUUAUUACAACUACUGUCGUUAUCACAUCAACUGCUACAGCCAAUCGUACUCUCAUGACGACAGCUGUCACCAUUACUGUUUCUCCAGUACCCACUUCCGCGAACUCCAACCAUACUUUAGUCCCGACUUCAAGAACAACAUCACUCAGCAACGGAACCGCCACAUCUUCUGCGACCCCCAUCCCAAGUACAUGCACCCUUGGUGCCCUUCCAUUUGCAGCCGCUCGAAUUCAACAGAAAUUGAUCGCACCGUCCAUUUCAUCUUCGCUCCUAGGAAAUUCGGGGGUCUUUUCUCGCUCCAAACCUCAGUAUGAAACUGUUCCUGCUUCAUCUUUCAUCAGUGUCAAAUCUGCUGGGGCUAAAGGCGACGGGAUCACGGAUGAUACUGUGGCAAUCCAGAACAUUUUCAACAGUGCAAGUCCAGAUCAAGUUGUCUAUUUUGAUCAUGGAGCCUAUGUUAUCACGCAGACAGUGAAUGUCCCAUCGAACAUCCGAGUCACUGGUGAGAUCUGGCCACUCGUCAUGGCCAGCGGCCAAUUCUUCAGGGACAGCACUAGACCCCAGCCAGUUUUCCGAGUAGGUCAAAGUGGCGAUAUAGGAUCGGUCGAGAUCUCGGAUUUGAUCUUCGAAACCAUGGGUCCUCUUCCAGGUGCAGUGAUGAUGGAAUGGAAUGUUGCUGAAUCCAGUCAAGGCUCCUGCGGAAUGUGGGAUGUUCAUUUCCGAAUUGGUGGUUCUGCCGGAACCCAGUUACAGCAAGAUAUUUGCAUGGCCAAUGUUGCUGGGUCAAGUGAAUUUAAGCCAGAGUGUGCUGGAUCGUUCCUUAUGAUGCACAUCACUCAGCAGGCAACUGCAUACCUUGAGAAUUGUUGGUUCUGGGUUGCUGACCAUGAACUCGACCUACCCAUGCACAAUCAGACCAACAUUUACAAUGGACGUGGUCUCCUGGUGGAGAGUAGAGGUCCGGUAUGGUUGUGGGGCACUUCAUCAGAGCAUCAUCAGCUCUACAAUUACCAGUUCAACAAUGCACAGGACGUCUUCAUGGGAGCAAUUCAGACCGAGACAGCAUAUAUGCAAUCCGCACCCAAUGCUUUGGAUGGCGGCUUCUCCCCGGUCGAAUCCAUCGGGGAUCCGAUGUUCGAUGACUGCACUAAUGACGCAUGCAAGAAGACAUGGGGCAUUCGCAUUGUCAACUCCCAGAACAUCUACAUGUACGGAGGCGGGUUGUACAGCUUUUUUGACAACUAUGAUCAGAAGUGCUUAGAAACCAAUUCUUGUCAAGAGAACAUGGUGGAUAUCCGCUGCUCCGCCAACAUCAACCUCUAUGGAUUGACCACCAAGGCGUCGACAAACAUGGUCAACGUGAAUGGACAACCAGUGGCGCUCCAGUCAAAUCAUACCAACAUGUUCGGCCAGACGUUGAUGUCAUUUGAGGUCUAA